UCCACCGUCGUUCGGGUAUGACUGACGAGGGUGAGUACCGCUGCUUGGUCAACACGCCAGCCGGUACUAUAACGAGUCCCCCCGUCAGUCUACGCGUCGCCAGUUUGACCAAGAACUUCAUAGUGUCCUCUUCCAACGUAACAGUGGUGGUGGGCCAGGCGCUGCGACUCUCCUGCCAAAUUGACUCACAGCCCCCAGCCUCACUUACCUGGGCCCACGACCAACAACCUCUACCUCAAGAUGACAGGUACACAACCCCCUUCUCAGGAGUACUUCAUAUUACUAGAGUGGAGAAGACUGACAGUGGCAUUUACAGGUGCCUGGCGACAAACUCUGUUGCGGGAAAGGAACGUCGCAGCAGUGCCAUUACUGUAACAGUUCUUGAUAGGGGAGAGGAAGACAGCUACAAACCCCCCACCUUCCUCUCCCCACUCUUCCUCUCCCCCAAAGAACCUCUCAGAGUUAUACAGGGAGAAAAUGCAAUCAUUGAGUGUCUUGCAACAAGUGUGCCACUCCCCACAAUCUCUUGGCAACGAAAAUUGAAUGUAAGUCAAAUUGAGGGCUGGGAGGACAUAAAAAAUGGAACAAAGGGUAUUACAGUGAUAGGCCAGGGAACCCUAGUGCUGUCAAAUGUCCAGAACACCAGUGCUGGCCGCUACACCUGCACCGCUAAGACUGUGAACCCUGCCACUGAGAGUGAAACCAUCAUUUCUCAGGAAAUAGAACUAGAUGUUUUGGUCCCACCUGAAAUCAUUGAUCCUCCAAAGCCCUUAGCUACGUUACUAGCAAAGACUACCCGCCUCAACUGCUCAGCAACGGGUCAUCCCACUCCCCGUGUCAAAUGGUACAAAAACGGGCAUCUCGUCAACAUUCAGGGACGCACCAUUCAGGCAACCUCAAACCAGCUUGUAUUCUUCAACUCGAUCUCAUCUGACACAGGAAUGUACCAGUGCCUCGCUAUCAACGAUGCGGGAUAUGCCUCAAGUUGGGCCCCCAUGGUUAUCAACUCAUCCGAGGACCAACCAGACCCACCCCGGAAUCUCCAUUAUGCGGAUCUCACCAAAACCUCGGUCAUCCUUACUUGGGAUCCGGUUCACCGCACCAGUGACAAAAUCAAAGCUUACUCAAUCCACUAUUUUGAAUCAGAGGGCAAUGGAAUAGAGCGACAAGCAGUUUCUCAGGAUGCUUCUCAUUUGCUGGAAAAUUUGAAGCCCAACACCAAGUACACAGCCUUUGUGAGAGCCUACAACAACUUUCCCUCAGAUCAGUCAGAGAGUCUUGUGUUCAAGACUGACGAAGACGUUCCUAUGAGGGCCCCAAGUGUGCGGCUGACUCCUAUAUCACCAACAGUAGUUCGAAUCACUUGGAGCAAACUGCCUCCAGAACAAGCCCGAGGAACGAUCAUUGGUUACAAGAUCUAUUGGAGAAAACUGGAGCAUCACUACUACAAUGUUAAUGAGGUAUCUCCCGAUGUACACGAACAUGAGAUCACUGAACUCCUUCCGAGUACGAGAUAUGAAGUACAAGUUUUGGCGGGAACAAAAAAGGGAUACCCCACCAGAAAUGACCUGCCUUGGAUACCCCUCAAGACGGGUAACCGUAACCAGAAGAACAUCCCCCUAUCACCUGUUGUGACUCUGAAGGUGAUAAAUAACACUUCCAAAGAUGACUCAAAGAAGCUAGCAAUAAAGGUUGCCUGGAAACUUCCGCCUGAGAACACUGCAGAGGUGGAAGGGUUUACACUCAAGUACAAGCGUCAGGACAAACAAUGGCAGAGUUCAAUUACUUUACUUCCUACUCAGACCUCCCAUACCUUUAGUGGUUUAGAUGCUGACAUGUAUACAGUGCAAGUCAAAGCAUACAGUGCAGAUGGUGAUGGUGGACCGACAGAGGUGGUGGUGAACACAGCCCCUCCCAGCCCCAACACUACACUCCCCCUCAACACCACUUGGAAUAUUUACCUGUUGGAAGCUGACCCUCGAUCACAGACCAGCAUCCACUUAUCAUGGAGGCUGAUGGAGGGACAGGAAGGGGCAGCGUACUACACUCUCAAGUACCGAGAAAUUACUCAUUCACCAAAUUCAGCCGAGGCAAAAUUUGUGUGCAGUGAGGCACUUGAGACUGUUGUUACCGGCCUGAAGCCAUUCACCACAUACGAGUUCAGUGUACGAGCUCACGAGUCAGCAAAGGUGUAUGGCCCUUUUAGUCCACCAGUGCAGGCUGUGACUAUGGGGAACUUGCCGAUGGCCCCCGAGGAGUUUGCCUAUGUACCUACAGAUGCUUCCACGAUUCGCCUGAUGUGGGACACACCCGAAGACAAGGAAGGGAAUAUUCUCAAGUAUGAGAUUUUGUUUUCCCAGGACAAAACUGAACCCUUGUCCAAGUGGAAAGUACAGGAGGUGGAUGGAAAGGCUGCCACAGAUACUGUGGGCGGAUUGGUUUCCAAUACUGAAUAUUGGUUUCGGAUCCGUGGGUGUACAACACUUGGUUGUGGAGCAACGACAGAACCAAUUUCUGCAUCAAUUCGAGCCAUCCUCCCUCCGAACUCCAGUCUGCCCACACAAAAUCUUUAUAUUAUCUGUGGUUCUGUGGCUUUUGUAUUCCUGUUACUGAUAAUUGUGGUGGCCAUGUGUCUGGUUAAGUUCCGCAACAUGUCAUCCCAGCCACGGGGGGUGUUGACCUGUAAUGGAAAUGGUCACAUUAAUGGCAAGAGGAACACACAGGGGAUGAGCAUUGGACAGCCAGAUGGACAGUCUGACAUCGAAGGUCAAGAAAUGGAAGUAUAUAUUCCAAUGUUGACACAAAUACCUCCAGAUUUUAAGUCCCCGCCACUUGAUACUAAGGGAGGCUACCCAGACAGUCGGGUGAAUGGGUUGAAUAAUCCAUGGUGCAAUGGAUAUAUCAGGAGCCGAGAUCAGCUGCAGCCAGGUCUUCGGGCAGAAGCUCAGGGUGGAUCAGAGGAAGAAAAUGAACGGCUAGUAAUUGGUGCUAGCAGCAGUAAUGGUUCCAUGAACAGGAACGUUGUUCCACAAGCCCAUCAAAACCAUCACCAAGAAUUAGGGGAGCCAGUUGGAGGGAGAGAUGAGUGUGGCCACGACCCUGCUGGCACACCACCCCUGUCACCAGUACACCAACACAACCACAGUGGAGCCUCUCACGAAGGCCUCACCAACCUAACCAGCCUCACGACUCUGAGUGUCACUGACAGUGAAGGGGGAAUGGAGCAGGACAGAACGAUGGUGGGAGAUGCAGGGCAUCACCGUGUAAACAAUCCACACCAGCACAACCACCACCAUCACAGCACUGGUGCAACAAGAGCAUCGUCCCCGCGACCUCCAUUGACAACGGUGCAGUAGCUGCAUUGGUGUCUGGGUUUUAGUCCCAGCUACCUUCCCUCGCAGGCCCCUAUCACCGAGACUCUCCUCUGGUCUGAUGCGGGUAUUCAUACGUAUACAAGGCCUGGCCCAGCUGCUGCGGUGGUAUGUGGCAACUGUGCUCAUCCAGCCCACAGUGGACUUGAUGCGUGUGCCUUGACCCAAGUGUACAAAUGUUGUCAGUGUGGGUACUUGAGACCAUCAAAUGAGCGGGGCUGGGUCAGGCACCCCACUGUAGCCACUAACAGCUAGUUGUUGUUUGGUGUUUACAUUGUAAGCAUUGUGGAUAUGGCUCUCAAUCACACAGUUUUGGCUCGGUGUUCCGUGACAGAAAAGUCACGGUACAGUUUACUCACCGAGGCUGAUUGAAAGGAGUACAAAAUGAUCAUUUUUCCUGUCAUUUUUAUCUGUAAAUUGUGACUUGAGAGUCGUGUCCAGGGUGCUCCCUCAUUUCUCUGACAACAAGGUAUCAGGGAUUAUCCUGGCAAAUAACGGCAUGCCUGCCCCUCCAACCAACCCCCACCACCACCACAGCCCCAAAGAUCCCUCUCACGUCUUCACAACCUCAGUGUUUCGCCAUAUUUGUAUCAGGGAUGGUAAUCUCUUCUCACCUCUUUUGAUAAGACUGUAAUACAACUUUGAUUUUAACAUGUUUAAUUUGUCUGCUGUUUUAUAUAACAUACAGUAGUACAAGAGUAAUGGGUUAUUAAUACUUUAUGUAUAAAUCAAUAUUAGGCAGCAGUCACAUUAUAUAACAUUUCUGUGUUUUUUUACUGUUGAAUAAUUACAGUCUGAAAUCAGGGAGAUUCAUACCAAGAGCAUCUACAGAGUACAGAAAGUACUUUCUGUACUACAAGAUCACAUGCAGCGCUUACAUCAUUGUAGUAGCUACCUGAACAACUCUACAGGUUAUUAGCCUCUCAUGGUGGGUGAAGGAUCUCUCACAUAUUGAUCUACAAGGAUAACUCUGAAAACCAUGAGUAGCUUAUGUCAUACUCACAUGUACCCGGUUGAUCAAAGUAUACAAUAAUUCUCAGAGUGCUGUACUUGGUUAAUAAAUUACUGUGAUAUAAUUUAACGAACAUGUGGUAGCUAAUUCCAGUUUCUAACAAAAAACUGAACAUUCAAACAUUUUGCAUUAAUUGAAAUGUAUUACGUGUUAACAUUCUAAUAUCAUCCAACAAGGCCCACAUUGUAGCUAUAAACUUAAGUGAUGCCUCGAUGGUAAUACCAGCAAAUUGAUGUUCUUUGAAUAUGUAAUUAUGUUUAUUACUUACAGCAUGUUUAUACUGUACUCACUAUAUAUGAGAAAACAUUUUCUUCUGUAAUGAAUUUCUCUAUAUAUAUGUGGCGAUAGUGAAUAAGGUGAGAGAGUGGCAUAAGCGUAUAUCAUGAGUAUCAGUUGUAGUAUUACAUCAUGUUUCCACUUAACUCAAGUACAUAUAUUGUUUAUGGACAUCUGUGUGGCAAGGUUUAGACUGCCAUCCAAGUUAUAUGAGGGGUUAUCAAAUGAAUCAUUUCGAUCCUUCACCCACAAUUCACAUUGCAUUCCAUACAGACUUCUGAUUAGUGGUGCUGUGGUACUUAUCGAAAUUGCCGCCAAUUAGUAAUUAAAGAUGUAUAGCAGAAAGUUGGUAAUAGGCACGAGCAGAUGGUGUCUACUCCUAUAUGUGAUGUGGCUGUUGCUGCAGCUUAGUGUUUGAGCACUAGGGAUGAACGAGAUAAUGAGGAGCUUCAUCUGUCCUUGUUUUAUGUUAAGUCAUUGCUAAUGCUGACUACCAAUUAAGUUUUUGACUGACUGGCAGCAAUUUUGAGUAGUACAUGUGUCAUCCGCCUCUCAGUGAAGAGCCCGGGCUAACCUUCUGCCCCCAGUGUGUUGCCACUAGUCCACUCAUGGCCAUUUGCAUAAGCCCUGGUUAUCUGCCAUUAUGUAAACAGAAAAUGUGGAUAAUCCGACCACUUAAAAAAUUCGGCUGUUUUAGACUUUUUCAUCGAUUUAUUUUUAUUAUUUAUUUUUUGUUAUUUAUUUCUAUAUUUUCUUUAUUUUUUUUUGCAAACAAGGUAUAACUUGUUAAUUCUGUGACCCACAGAAUGGUCUGAUACAUUUUAGACAGCCUUCUAAACUAAUUCGCCUUAUUAUGAAAUUGUUCAAACAUUCAGGGCAAAAGGUGUAUGUUUACUAGGGUCGGUCCCGGUAUCUGUGUGGCGCCAUUGGUGAAGGCUGGAGCAUUCCUGCUGAGUCAGGGUGGGGGUUCAGCCUGGUCGCUCUCCUGCGUGCGUGAUGUAGCUGACUGUCUGAGAUGGGAGUUUCAUACAUAAGACUUAUUUUAAUAUUUAGUACAAAUCAUAUUCCAUUUACUAACUAUAUACACUGGUUAACUUGAUCCCUAGUAGGACUACUGAAACAAUCUCAGUGCUUUUCUCAAUCUGCAGUUGUACAGAUUGUAAUAAGUCAACCAUGCAACACUCUGUGCAGUCAGACCACUGCUCUCAGCUAUACUUAAGACCAUCAUGGCUUUGUAUCAAAGCUAAGGACUAGGACUGGGUGUGGUUAAUGAGCGGCUUUGAUGAGCAGAAGAUUGGCUGUGCAGAGUGAUGCGAACCCCCUUCCUCCCAAGUAAGAAACAUAGCUCAGGCUUUUACCUCAGUUACUGUGUGGAGCUCCAGUUAAUGACAGCGUGCGGAGAUACCCAAUAUACGUAUUUGUUGCCCACUGAUGAAUAUUGUCUUUAUUAUUAUGAACUUAUGUUUAUCUCGCUGCUAAGUUAGUUUUGUUAGCAGAAAGGGUGCCAACAUUAGCGGCUCAGGUGAGGGAUACUUUGCACUCUACUUCCAGCCACCCAGGAAACGAUGGCCCACAACCGCUCACAGUACACAACUAUGCUAAAAAGUAUGAUUCAGAAGUUUUAUUAUAAAUGUAUAUAUACCUCACCUUAUCAAAACGUCUGAUGUACAUAUGACCUUUUGCCAGAAAUUUUUAUGUAUGAGUUUUUAUGAUUGUUCAGUAUAGAAUUAUAAUAGUGAUUGAGUGGACCAGGGUGCAGCUGGAUGGACUGUGCAGAGGAAGAGCCCUGCUUCAUGCACAUGUUUUCUACCUCAUAGAGGGCGCAGGUCAGGCGGGGCAGGGACCUGCUGUUUACUCUCCAUUGUUGAGAGGUCUGGUGGGCAGGCUCUUUGGGUUUGUUUCUCAGGGAGCUCAAUGUACAAACACUACACUCCAUAGUGUCUGCCCACUCGGCCCCUUACCCCACCCUACCCUCUACCACCCUCCCCUUCGUCCUCCACCCUCUCCUAAAACCCAACCCUCAUCCCCUUCCCACCACCACCAAUCAUUGUACACAACAAACCCUACAUGCCAUAGUCUCAAAGCAGUUCCUGUCACUACCUCCAGACAGCGCACGUACAGUACAUCCCCCCCUUCCCCCCAGCUACUAUGAAUAAAACAAUUCUGUUAUAUCUGUCUCUGCUCUUUGUAUUUUUGUAUGCAGCCCCUCAUAGAAUUCCUUUGUAAAUGAUAGAUAUGAAUUAUGUUAUUGUUUCCAUACUCUUUGUGUAUCCAUGAAUUUUUAUUUUCCUAAUAUCAUGCUACCUCGUUCUUUUGUAUGAUGAGUGAACAUUUAGCAUUGCAUCUCCCCGUGCUGCAUGUGUAUGAUAGCUCAAGUAAUAGAUGAAACCGCUCCUCUGCCACUCCCUCGUCCUCAGCCAAGAGCGCAUUAACACAGCUACUUCAUGAUAACCAGUCAUUAUUUUGUCAGUAGGAUGUAUCUUGUAUAUCAUCUUUUAUUAUGAUCCCAUUACAAACUGGUAGGCACUGCAGGCUGCCCAUAGCCGUCUCUGCGUUCUCUUCUGUAAAAGUAUGCCACUGGUCAUUCUGACAAGCAGUAGUUUGUUAUCAGCUAGGGCAGCCUCCCAUGCCUUAAUUAGGGUAAUGUAACAGAAUUUGAGAUUGUCAAUAAGGCUCAUAUCCUAUUACAUCAUAGGGUGUAAACCUUCUUAAGAAUCAGAAUAUUUGUGAAUUACUCCAGCCAGUUGGGGUUGGAUCCCUUAUCCUACAAUGCCCCUUCCUUUAUUGUAGUUUUAAGGUAUCGUACAAGUUAACAUGUACACAGGGUUGGAAUACAUUUUGUACAAUAAUUUAAUGUAUUGAGAAAUGUCUUGUGCUCAUUUCUAUUUGUAAAUAUUGUAGUGACACUACUUAACAUGUACAAGGUAGUGGAAGUUAUUGGCUUAGGUAGAAGUGAGCUAAAGUUAAGCCUGUUAUUUGCAUACUACUGGUUGAUUACGGUAUGGCUAAAGCACAACAAGGUGAUAGUUUCCAGCGCCAUCUUGGUAAGGGAGAAGCCCACAACAAGUGUGCAAUGCUCGCCUUUUUUUGGAAUUAUGCGUACUAUUUCAACAUGAUUCAUUUCUCCCCAUUCAUAAUACACUGGAAAUGGAACAUAUUGAAAUCCACUGAUAUAAUGAAAAUUGACUGAGCAAGUUGCAAAAGUUGAGUUAAGAAGCAGAAUCCUCUGCAACUUAUCUCAAGACGGAAUCAGCCUCUGAACCAGCAGACCCGGCAACUAAACAUAGAUGAAAGACAAACCUGGAACAAUACUCCUUUACCUGGGGUAUCUCUCACAUGAGGUACUUUCUGCCAACGUCAAUUUGAUUAUCACAAUGUACAAAUCUAUUCGGAGGUGCUACAGUCAAGUGCUCAGUAGGUAGGCCUAUUUCAGGUAGCCUAGUCUGUCCUCCACCUGGUCCACCUCCAUUGGUUAUUUGGUCCACCCUUUAUUGACUUGAUUUCUGUAUGGUUAUUUAAUCAACAAUAAAUUAUUUGGCCCAGUGUUGGAUAUGUGGUCUGCUAUUUUGUCAGAUGGUCCUCCCUGUCAUCAUUUGGGUCUCCAUUUGCUAAUGUGGUCCUCCACAUGACCACCUGAUCCUCAUGUGGUCACUUUAUUUUCUUGUGGACAAUGGUUGAAAAGAUGUUUAGGUCCACCCAUUUAGUCACUUGGCUUUUCAUGUGACAGUUUUGCUUGAUACCUGAUUCAUGGACCUUCACUUUGCCAUUUGGUCUGAUACAGUAUAUGAUCACUUAUUUGUAACCUGAUCUUUUGGACCUCCACCUGGCCCUUGGGUCCAACACUUGAUCACUGGUCCUACCGCCCUUUUCAUUACCAAGCCACUUACAAGAUGCAAUAUAGUUGCUGUAGAUUCAUAAAAUCCUGUAUUAUUUUAUUAUCAGGGCAUAUUUGGCUCCAGGGCAUAAUAUGCCGAGUCCAGAUUGUCAUGGGCAUAAGGUAAAAUGUGGCAUGUUAUGAUUAUUUAGUGAUCAUAUAUGUUUUGUAAUGCAGUUAAAAGCCACCACGUUCCCAUUGUUCACCCCGUUAUUUAGGUAUAAAAGGCUGAUAUUUCAAAAAUAAAAAUCCUGUAAUACCCAACACAACUUGGCCAUUCUGUCCAUCGACAUAUGAAAUGAGCACACUGGGAAAAAAUAAGCUAUUGUUACUUUUGUGUGGUAUAGUAGCUUAUGUAUGUAAGCCAACCUAUGGUGUGAGAAUCUAUGGACCUCAUAUGCAAGCACUUCAAUGUGCUACAGUAGACAAAAGUGGUCUAAAAAGUCACUAUUGUCUUUCUAUAUCAUUGUAGUGUUGAGUGAGCACAAGUAAGAUAGUUCAGUUGUUGCAGAGUUAAAUAUUUUUUUUAUAUCCAGUACUUGGGAAAACUGACAAUUUUAAAGCUCCUGUAAGAGUUCAAUGAGUAGACCUGCAUGAGUGAGGCCCAGUCCUGAAAGAUGAGAUUCAAACACCAAAGGUGAAUAUUUUAAGAGAUCUGAUGUUGUGUGUACGGCGCUUACAUGUUUGUGACAAGAUCAACGGUGACAAGCUUUGCAAUGCAUUAAUUUAGGCAAUUAGGCCUUUUUUUAACAGGAUUAUCAUCUAAUUGGAAUAAGAGUAUAAGGCUACAAAUCUGUGAUCUUGUGAUAAACUAGUGUCAGACUGAAACUAUUGUAUAAUAUUUAACCGCAUAGCUCAGGUUGUCAGUGUUGUGGUUUUCAUCAACAAGUUUUGCUGAAUGGUACCAACAAUCACUACUCUCGAUAAGGAAUAAGAAAAAUUUCAUCAAGAACAACAACUGACUUGGAUUUUAAUUGCUCAUGUAGACAAGCUCGUCAAUAGUGACUAGGGUAAUGAAAGACGGGUGGGGCAGGACAACGUGCUAGUCACCAAACUCGUGGAAGUUGAGUCUCCAGAUGUCAAGGCAAGUGGAAUGAACCUUAUUAAGUUUGUCCGUUGGCACUUCCUGUCCCUAUAUAAUGUUCAGUUUACCAUUUUGGGGGAGGGAGGGGAUUAUAUCAUCAGGCUUAUGUCUCAGUUGCUGACCUACAUGAUGAGCCUAAUUUGACUUCCACAAAACUGUUGAAUAACCUUAGAUUUAACAGAUCAGUUUUCCAUAGAAAGCAGGGGACAAAUUGCAGCAGAUAAUUUUAAUUGUAUACCUUACCCUACCUCGUAGGUGAUGUCUUGACUUGCGACCUCAGUAAACACAACAGUUUUUGUAAUUUAUUAACUUUAUUUGUCAUUUGUGUGAGUGUUGGUAUGAAGAGGACCCUAUAUAGUGAUGGCAAUAAUGAAAGGUUAAUGGUGAAUGGAGCAGCAUUUGUAGCCGCGGGUGUUUUAUUAACGUAUCCCAUGUGCAUGCAAGCAUGAUUAAAGGUCUUAGGCUGAUAUCCCCUGUAUGAUUGUUACUGACUUUGCUGGUGAGGACAUCACUGUAUUUGAUAUUUUUUUCAUAGCUAUACAAGUCAAAUAAAUUAGUCUUUUAGUAAAAAUUGGAGUACGCUAGAUACAGGGUGGUGUUGGAGUAACAAAGUGUUCAUUAACACCGCCAACACCACCUCAACAUCUAACUUCAUUAUAGAGUACAUAUAUCAGGUUAUUUUUGUACCAGAAAACUAUGGCCUCCUCACUCAUUCUAUUUUGAUUUGCUUUUUUAAUUUUUGUUUUUAUUUUAUUUAUUUACAUUUUUUUUUUACCAAGUGUUUGAAUUUUUUUAGUAGAACACUUUCAAUAGUUCCUGCCCCUCCUUUGAUGUGUAGUGAGGCGCAGCAAAGCAGUACCUGCAACCAACAGGUAUAUAUAUAUACAUAUAUAUAUUUAUUUAUAUAUAUAUACUCCCAAACCAGUGAAACUCCAUUCCGGUGAUACUUUAUUUGUUCCUAAUGAUGGUCGUCCCAGUAAAUGCUCAUUCUUGGAAAGUGUGAGGAGGCUGAGGCAUCUUGCACAUGGAGAUACAGCCAAACUACGUUACUCCCAUACUGAUCACUGGUCAAUUGUAUUAUAACCAACAAAUUGUUACACAUAGACAGUCAAAUGUCAGAAUUUACCCACAUGAUAUGAAAGUUGAAUGUCAUUGGGAUUAACGAGUUUAGACUGUGAAAUUAAAUAAAAAUAUAAGUCCUUGGUUAUGAUGCAGACCUUGGCUAAGGCUUCCAGGCAACAACAGCGAUGGUGAUUCCUUAGUACGUGGCCUCAGUAUAGCAUCGUUUCCAUCAGAACACAAAUUAUUUGUACUGUGUUAUAUAAUGAAUCAUUGCAUAGACUCUUUCAGACUGUUCCCAAAAGGAUGAUGAAAAUAAAAAUACAAUUACAUACA